GUACAAAACAAUGCUAGAUUUACCAUUUGCUGGCAGACGAUAAUAAAUUUACUGAAUUUAUUUGUUAUUAGAUAAGAAAUAACAUACAAUGGCCGGCCUGUUGCUAAGUCCUACAGAAAAAGUGUUUAUCCUUCAUGGUGUUCAAGAUGACUUCCGUUCAGAUGGCAGGUCAAAUAUUGACUACAGGCCAUUGGAACUGGAGACAGACGUAGUGAGUCAUGCUAGUGGUUCAGCGCGACUACGGCUAGCCAACACAGACAUCCUCGUUGGUGUAAAAACAGAGAUAGAUGUGCCUAAACCAGACCUGCCCAACUUAGGAAAGUUAGAGUUCUUCGUUGACUGCUCAGCAAAUGCCACUCCAGAAUUUGAAGGUCGUGGAGGUGAACAGCUGGCUAGCAGCAUAUCCAAUAUGCUGCAGAAAGCAUACCACUCCUCACAGGCAUUUAAUCUGAAACAGCUCUGCAUACUUGAGGGAAAACAGUGCUGGAAACUUUACAUUGACAUUUUGAUACUAGAAUGCGGUGGCAAUUUAUGUGAUGCUGUAUCUUUAGCAGUCAAAGCUGCACUGUACAACACGAGAAUACCAUUUGUAAAAGCAGCACUUAUGGAUGGAGGAAAUGUGGAUUUGACCCUCUCAGAUGACCCAUAUGAUAGUAAGUUGUUGGAUGUGGGCACUGCUCCCCUAUUGGUAACUCUAUGUAAAAUCGGCGACAAAUGCGUGGUGGACCCUUCGGCGGAAGAAGAGAGUUGCAGUGUGAUAUCACUUGUGGUCGGCAUCACGGGGAACCCUCGGUGCUACUGUGAUAGAAAGGAUGCAGACAAGGUGCCUAAUCUAGAGGGGAAGUGUAGCACGAUAGCAAUGAAUGGCGCUGGCAGUGUCGCGCCCAAGACUUUGAAAGACGCUAUCCAUCAAGGCAUUAUUGCAGCUAAAGCUCUUGAUGAAGCAUUGGGAGACGCUUUGAUAAGAGAGCAGGAAGAAAAAGUAGGCUUCAAAAAACAUUCCUAUGGCUUCCUAAAAUAAAUGUUACAGCUUUAAUAAAAA